CUCCGCGUUCCCCGCCCCGCCGCGGCGGGCCCCGCCGCCUCCUGAGGCGCCGCCGGGCCGCGAGCGUAGCAGGGGAGCGGCCGCGCCGCCGCCGUCCGUGCGCGGCCCGGUUGGGCGAGCAGGGCGGGAAGAUGGCGGCGGGCGGCGGAGGCGGCGGCCGGGCCUCCUCCUCCUCCUCCUCGGCCGCCGCCUCCUCCUCCUCGGCCGGCGCGCUGGAGGCCUCGCUCGACAGGAAGCUGCAGGCGGUGACCAACACGAUGGAGUCCAUCCAGGGCCUCUCCUCCUGGUGCCUGGAGAACAAGCGGCACCACAGCACCAUCGUCUACCACUGGAUGAAGUGGCUGCGCCGCUCUGCCUUUCCUCAUCGACUGAACCUUUUUUACUUGGCCAAUGACGUCAUACAGAACUGCAAGAGAAAAAACGCGAUUGUCUUUCGUGAUACAUUUGCAGAAGUGCUUCCUGAAGCUGCUUCAUUAGUGAAGGAUCCAUCUGUUUCCAAAUCUAUCGAAAGAAUCUUCAAAAUCUGGGAGGACAGAAAUGUGUACCCUGAAGAAACCAUUUUGGCACUAAAAGAAGCUCUGAGUACCACUUUCAAAACUCAGAAGCAGCUGAAAGAAACUCUGAACAAACAACCGAAUAAGCCGUGGAAGAAAUCACAAACAUCCACGAACCCAAAAGCUGCUUUGAAGUCCAAGAUUGUUGCUGAAUUCAGACCACAGUCUCUCAUUGAUGAAUUGCUAUUAUAUAAGCGCUCAGAAGACCAGAUAGAGCUGAAAGAGAAGCAGCUCUCCACUAUGAGGGUGGAUGUGUGCAGCACUGAAACUCUUAAGUGCUUAAAAGACAAAACAGGAGGAAAGAAGUUCUCCAAGGAGUUUGAAGAAGCAAGUUCAAAGCUGGAAGAGUUUGUAAAUGGCUUAGACAAACAAGUGAAAAAUGGGCCUUCUCUCACGGAAGCCCUGGAGAACGCUGGUAUAUUUUAUGAAGCACAGUAUAAGGAAGUCAAGGUGGUAGCAAAUGCUUACAAAACAUUUGCUAAUCGAGUGAGCAAUCUAAAGAAAAAGCUAGACCAGUUGAAAGCAACGCUUCCGGAUCCGGAGGAAUCUCCUGUCCCUUCUCCAAGUAUGGAUGCUCCAUCUCCGACGGGCUCCGAGUCGCCUUUUCAGGGGAUGGGGGAGGAGGAUAACUCCCGGUCUCCAGUGGUCGGAAGCCGCAAGACGGUAUCUCCGGAGCCUGUGACGGAUAAUCGGGAUGUGGAAGACAUGGAGCUCUCUGAUGUGGAGGAUGAUACGUCUAAAAUUAUUGUGGAAGAGAGGAAGGAGAAGCAGGCUGCUCCAGCUUCGGCACCCGCGAAGGCUGAGAGCGUCCCCAAAGCGGUGCCGUCUACCGCUGCAGCAGGCACAACUUCGGUGACAGUGACGCCGCCUGCCCAGACUCCUCCGGCUCCUCCGGCUCCGAAGGCAGUGAGCGCAGCGCCCGUCCCUCCGUCGCCAGCGCUUGCGUUGCCCAACCUGGCCAACGUGGACCUGGCAAAGAUCAGCUCCAUUCUUAGCAGUUUAACUUCUGUAAUGAAAAAUACAGGUGUCAGUCCCGCCUCGAGACCUUCUCCAGGAACCCCGACGAGCCCAACAGCUCUUACUAGUGGCCUGAAGACUCCUGUCAUGGGGACUCCGUCUGCUCCUUCAAACCCGUUAGCAAACAUUCUCUCCAAAGUUGAAAUAACUCCCGAAAGUAUUUUGUCUGCUCUCUCCAAAACCCAGACUCAGACUGCACCAGCAUUGCAAGGUUUGUCAUCCUUGCUUCAGAGUGUUGCUGGAAAUACUGUUCAGUCAAGCGAAACCGCGUCACAGAGCACUUCAGCAUCGCCAGCUAACACGACUGUUCCUUGCGUGAAGGGGAGGAAUAUUCCUUCCAAUACUCAGUCCUUUAUAUCCAAAAGUUUUGGUUAUUCUCCAAACUCCUCUACUGCUGAGGUUUCCUCAACUUCAGUUAAUAAGGCUCCUGUUGGACAUACCCCAGGGCUGUCAAGCUCCAGUUUUAAGCCGCCAACCAAUUCCUUGGGAUUUUCCAGUUCCCACCCUACCAGUCCUUCCUCCCUUUUGCCAACAGAAACCUCACUGGGUCAGUCCUCUGAAAUUUCAAAAGCGAAGCUGGAAUCGGAGCCCCCUUCUCCGAGCCUGGAGAUGAAGAUACACAAUUUCUUGAAGGGAAAUCCUGGCUUCAGUGGCUUGAACUUGAAUAUUCCAAUUCUCAGCAGCUUAGGGUCCAGCAUCGCAACGGAAAGUCACGCGUCUGACUUCCAGCGUGGUCCUACCAGCACUUCCAUGGACAAUGUGGACGGAACACCGGUGCGCGAUGAGCGAAGCGGGACGCCCACCCAGGACGAGAUGAUGGAUAAGCCGACGUCGAGCAACGUCGACACUAUCUCCCUGCUGUCAAAAAUCAUGAGCCCCGGUUCUUCUACUCCCAGCAGCACGAGGUCGCCUCUUCAGAGCCGGGAUGACGGAUAUUCCCAAGAGCUUUCCAAUUCUGUGCACACCUACCGGCCCUUCGGCCUCGGCAGAGAGUCUCCGGCCGGCCUGUACAAGCAGUCUGCAGACAACAUGGAGAUACCCUCCUCUUUAAUGGACUCCUCCCAGGAGAAGUUUUACCCAGACACGUCUUUUCAAGAAGACGAGGAUUACCGCGACUUCGACUACUCGGGGCCGCCGCCGUCGGCGAUGCUAAACCUGGAGAAGAAGCCCGCCAAGUCUAUCUUGAAAUCGAGUAAACUCUCAGAAGCUGCAGAGUACCAGCCGGUCCUGUCCAGCUACAGUCAAAGAUCGCAAGAGUUCGCCGUGAAGUCGUCCUUUCCUCAGUCGAUGAGGUCUAUUCUUGAUCAGAGCGAGAGCUGCGAACCGCUGACGUCGUCUCCGGGGAUGUACGGGAGCUACGGCCUCAGGGGAAACGACUCCACCUCGGACGGUUCCCCUUCGCCCAGCAAGAACGACGUGUUUUUCACACCGGACUCCAACCACAACAACUUACCGAAAUCGGUGGUGCACUCUGGCCUCUCGCAGAAGCAAUACCCGGACUCGCCCCACUCGAUUCCCCACCGCUCGCUUUUCUCUUCUCAAAACGCCCUCUCCAGCCCCGCGGGCAGAGCGCCCGCGGCGAGCGUGGAGAAAUCCUUGGGUUCUUCCAUUUCUGCCACGUCGACCAUCGAGUUCAAGAACAUGCUCAAAAACGCCUCCCGUAAGCCCUCCGAGGAGAAGCAUUUUGGCCAGAUUUCCAAAAGCAGCUCCGGCGAGGGGGUGAGCUUGUCCGGAGCUCCCAAGGGAGAGCCGCAGCCGCAGGAGGAGCACUACCGCAUAGAGACCAGGGUCUCCUCGUCCUGCUUGGACUUGCCCGACAGCACCGAGGAGAAAGGGGCCCCCAUCGAAACGCUGGGUUACCACAACGCCUCGAGCAGGGGGAUGUCGGGAGAGCCCAUCCAGACGGUGGAAUCCAUCCGGGUUCUGGGGAAGGGGAAUCGAGGACACGGGCGAGAGGCGAGCCGAGCGGCGGGGUGGUUCGAGAUGAGCGGCGGCGGGAGCGCCUUCGAUAACGGGCCCUCGGGCACGUCGGAGCUGCCCGGCAUGGGCGGCUUCGCGGCGCCCUACAAGGAGCACGUGCCGCCCUUCCAGGAGAGCGUCAACAACUUCCGAACAAAUAACUUCAGCCCCGCUUUCGAGCACCACAUGCCGCCGCCCCUCGCCCCGCCUCCCAUCGAGCACGGGACUCCCUUCCAACGGGAUCCGGUGGGUCCCCCCGCCGGGCCCCCGCCCGCCCCCCCCAAGGACCACGGCAGCCUGUUCCCGAGGGAUCACUCGGUCCCUCCCCGCAUGCCGUCGGUGGAUCACGCCAACCCCUUCUCGAAGGAAACCUCCGCUCCGCUCUCCCUGCCCCACGGCGUGCCCCCGCCUCCCUCCGUCGAGCACGCCGGGGUCCCCUUCCCCACGCCCCCGCCGCCCCCCGUCCCCGGGGAGCACGCCAACGUCCCCUUCCCCGCCCAGCCGCCGCCGGCCGGGGAGCACGGCGGCGUCCCCUUCCCCGCGCCGCCCCCCAUGGCGGUGGAGCACGGCGCCGGCGCCUUCCCCAAGGAGCACGGUACCAUCCACCAAGGGACGAUGAAAGAGCAUUUCGCCGUGCACGCCGGACCCCGCGAACCGUUGGCCCAAGCCCAACAGCGGGACCACGCCGCAGCCCCCCUGUCCCGCUCCCGCGAGGCCGUGGGGCUGACCCCCCUCUCCAGGGAGCAGCUGGGGGCCCCCCGCGGCCUGGGCCCCCCUGCUCACAGGGACGGUGGCAGCCGCGGCGGGGUGCUGGUCAGGACCCCCCGCGCUGACUUCAGACCGCGAGAGCCCUUCGUAAGCAGAGACCCCUUCCAUAGCCUGAAAAGGCCCCGGCCGCCCUUCGGGAGGGGGUCCCCCUUCUUCGCCCCGAAACGCCCCUUCUUCCCCCCCAGGUACUGAAGCAGACGCCCAGCUCCCAAGCGAAGGCAUCCGGACGCUGUAGAGAGCAGCGGAGUAGCGCUUUCACUUGGUUUUUCCAUAUUUUAUUUUUUUUUCUUUCCCUCAAGAGCCCCAUAACCUUCUCCUAAAUUAAAUGUUCUGGGUUAUUUUUUUUUUGGUUUAUUUUUUUGUUUGUUUGUUUGUUUAUUAUUUUGGGGUUUUUUUCUUUUUUUGUUUUUUUUUUUUUUUUUCAGUUGUUUCUUUCCCAAGCCCACCCAGUUGGUGCAAGACUAGGAAAAAAAAAAAAAAAAAAUUAAUGAAAAGAAGAAUUGCUGUUGAAAUAAAAACUUCCAGUAGUAGUUU